AUGUCGGGUCGCGCUGGACGUAGGGGUCUUGAUGAACGAGGUUAUGUUAUGCUGAACAUUGAAUCAAAAGUUAGUCCCUAUAUUAUCAAGGAAAUGGUCAAGGGCGAGGCAGAUCAUUUGAGAUCUGCAUUCCAUUUAAAAUAUCAUAUGAUCCUUAACAUGUCGAGAAUUGAAGGCAUUAGCCCCGAAUACAUGUUACAACGCAGUUUUUAUCAAUUCCAAAAUUCGGCUCCUUUGCCGCGUUUUCAAGAAGAACUUAAACAAUUGGAGGAAGAACAUAAAAAUUUUGUCAUACCUCAAGAAAAAUUGCUCGAUGAAUAUUAUAAACUUCGCAAAAUAUCUGAUGAAUACGCUGACCGAAUUCGAGCCAUCGUCUUUGAACCGCAGAAUAGUAUUCCAUUUAUGAACCUCGGAAGGCUUGUUAAAGUAAAGUGUAACGGCGUUGAUUACGAAUGGGGUAUGAUCGUUCGUUAUGAAGAGAUAAAGCCAUCGCCUUGGUCGAAGCAUAAUCAUAAUUCGCAAGAGGAUACAAAAUAUAGGAUUAGAAUUCUAUUAAAGUGUUCUGAUGAUUCGUAUGUUAGUUAUGAUGGGAGGAUCGUCGAUAUCAGUCCUUGCCCAGCAAAUCAAAAGGGAAUUAUAUUGGUAGUCCCUUGUGAGCUAAAAGACUUGGUAGUUCUAAGUCAAAUUCGUCUCUUUCCCGAUGAGAAUUUAGAGCAUGACCCUUCAAAAAGACAAGUUGCAUAUCAAGGAAUUAGGCAUAUCCUUGAUAAACACCCGGAUGGUGUACCUUUAGACCCCAUUGUAAAUAUGAAACUUGAUGAUGAUAAACUUGAAGACCUGAUCAAAAAAAAAAGUUUAAUUGAUCGUAAAAUCGAGUCACAUUCGAUGCAUGACGCUCAUGAUGCAUACAAACUUUAUUGCGAAAAACUUGAAUUGCAAGAAAAAAUCCGCAAAAAAAAGUUGGAAGUCCGUGAAGCAGAAGCAAUCCUUCAUCUUGACGAAUUAAAGAAACGAAAACGUCUACUUCGCAGGAUGCAAUACCUUUCAGAACAUGACGUGGUGGAAUUUAAAGGAAGGAUAGCUUGUGAAAUCACUUCAGGAGAUGAAUUGAUCUUAACUGAAAUGUUGUUAAACGGGGUGUUUAAUGACCUAUCACCUGAAGUGAUAGCAGCUGUGCUAAGUUGUUUUGUAUUUGAUGAUAAAUCAAAAUGUGGAGAAGGAGAUCUUAGGGAAGAAUUCAUAGGUCCGUAUCGCGAGAUAAAAGAAACCGCACGAAUCAUUGGUGAAUUAUCGGAGGAAUGUAAUAUUCCCCUUGAUAAAGAUGAUUAUGUUGCAACCUUUGCGCCGGAUUUAAUGGAAAGUGUCUACAUUUGGUGUAAUAAUGCCACAUUUGAGGAAACAUGCAAAAAAGUUGAAUUGUUUGAAGGUAACCUAGUUCGAAACUUUAGGAGUUUGGAUGAACUGUUACGUGCAAUGGUCGGUGCUGCUAAAUGUAUUGGGGAUAUUGGGUUGGAAAAUAAAUUUUCUAUGUCAAUUGAAAAACUUAAAAGAGGCAUAAUAUUUGCAUCAUCAUUAUAUCUUUAG